UGCAUUUAUUCAUUCACGUGGAGCGUAAAUCUCUGACAUCAACAACGACUCAACAGCGCCUCCCUCCGCCGCUGAUUGAUUCGGGAACUUCAUCACAACGUGUGUGAGUGUGUGUGUUUGAUGUUGGCUGUUGUGGCUCAUGCACUGUCGCCGUUGUGUAAAGCCAAAGGGGGUUUCUCCUAUUGCUUUCAGCAAGAUCACGGAUCACGGAUGCAUCUCAGCUGAUUCUCUGCCGACCAUUUCCCAGCAGCAGCUCCAUCACACACCGCCGACAUUUUGGCUGUUUUAUCUAAAACCCAAACUAACCGUGCUGCACUUACACCCUCUAAAACCAUCAUCAUCAUAAUAAUCCUCCGCCUUCACCAGACUCGGAUCCUUCUGGCUGCUUUCCAGACGGAGCGCAGUAAUGGCAGAGCAUAUGUCCCAGAGUGAGCUGGAUUACCCGUUCAAACUUCUGGAGUAUUUUAACGGCUUCAGGGUGUCCAAGGUGAUAUUUUCAGCCUGUGAGCUGGGAGUAUUUGACCUGCUGCUCAGGUCCCAGGAGCCUUUGAGUGCCCAGCAUGUUGCUCAGGAGCUGGGCACCAGCUUGGAUGGGAUGGAGAGGCUGCUGGAUGCGCUGGUGGGCAUCGAGAUCCUGGAGGUCGAGAAGACAGAUGGAACAGCUUUGUACAGCAGCACCGACGUGGCAAAUCUUUAUCUAGCCAAAGGCAGCACCAAAUCUCUCCAUGACAUGAUCAUCUACCAAUCCCAAACCAUCUACCCACUGUGGAACAACAUGGUGGAUGCUGUCAGGGAGGGGAAGAAUCAGAAUGAAAAGACAUUCGGCCUUCCAGCAGAGGAGGUCUUCCAAGCCAUUUACAGAUCAGAAGAGGAGAUGCUGAAAUUCAUGGGUCUGAUGAACUCGUCAUGGGUUCUGGAUGGACAUGACAUUGUGACAGCGUUCAAUCUCUCCGGCUUCCAGAACAUAGUAGAUCUUGGAGGUUGCACUGGUGCUUUGGCACGUGAGAUGGCAAAGGCGUAUCCCUCAUCUACCGUCACAGUGUUUGAUCUCCAGCAGGUCGUGGAAACAGCUCAGAAGCAUUUCUCUCAGGAGAAUGAUAUCAUUGUAUUUCAGUCCGGAGAUUUCUUCACUGGUGAAAUCCCCACUGCAGACUUGUACGUUCUGGCCAGAAUCAUUCAUGACUGGCCUGAAGAGAAGUGCCUGACGCUGCUGAAGAAGAUCUAUGACAUGUGUGCACCAGGCAGCGGUGUCCUGCUGGUGGAAGCGAUGCUGUUUGAGAACAGACGAGGGCCCGUCAUGACUCAGCUUUUCUCCCUCAACAUGCUGGUGCAGAUGGAGGGCAGGGAGCGCCCACCGUCCGAGUACACACGCAUGUUCAACAAGACCGGCUUCCAGAACAUUCAAGUCUGCCGCACGGGCAAGUCCUAUGAUGCCAUAUUGGCCAUCAGAUGAGCUCAGACCGAGAGCGGGAUGUUUAGGAAGCAUCUGUCAAAAGUCUGGGAAAUUAGAGAAAGGUUAAGUGGAAACUUCAAGGCCUCGAUAAGGAACAGAUGUCAACAUCAAACUGUAAACUGUGGGGAGAAAAAAAAAGUUACUACAUGGAUCUCCAGUUUAUGUUGUUGUCAACCCCAAUUAUGUUUUUAAAAUUUUGCUUCCAGUUCACUGACACAGUCUUUCGACCACACCUCUGGAUAGAGGUUGCUGCUGUGAUAGAUAAUAUCUUUUAGUCAUACUUGCGUCUAUAAGUAAUGUUCUCACCUUACACCAAACAAGCAAAAUAAGAUCCAAGAAUGGGUUCAGAUUAAAAAACGAAUUUAAUAUUUGAUGAAGAUUUCCUCUCGAUACCACUCUUAUGGUUGUAUGCUAAAUAUGAAGGUGCUACCACCAGCAGACGCUUGUUAACUUGACAUUAAGCUAAGCUAAGCUAACAAGGAACUGUUUAGCAUAGUUAGCAUAAAGACAAAACUAGGUUAACCUGCAGAUAUGUUUAAUUUACCUUUAACUAAAUAAAUACACUAAGCUAAGCAGCAGCUGGUUAGCUCAGUGUUGAGGUUUCUGACAUGAAGUCAUUGCUCAAGAGUUGUUCACCAUAUUGAAGAUGACACAACAAGCGUUUGCAUAAGAAGUGUGUGUUCCCCAAUGGGUUGGCAGUGGUUCCUGGUGGUUGUUGGCUCUCGCUGGGUGAAAAUGGUUGCAAAAUAUGUGCAGGACCAAAAUCAUCCUUGCUUUGGUUGCUAGCACAUUGCUUGUAGUUUUUCGUGGUUGUCUGCAACUACUCAUUAACUAGUAGCUGAGAACUAGUACGUUUUUACAAUUUGUAAAAAUGUUACGCAAACUAGAAAUGGAGAAGCCGUGCCUUAACAACGGAGCCAAACAUGUUUCACAAGUUGCAACUUUUACUUUGAAGGCAAAGAGUCUUUAUUUCCAGUUUGUGUUGCACUUUUUGCCGUUUCACUAAAGUUCGGAGAGUGGCUGGGAAGUGUUUAUAGUCAACUCUGUCACUUCCAGUCAAACUAGGGCAGCAGCAACAUGCUAGCAACCAGAGCAAUCACAGAGAGGUUUUCACCAGUUGGUUGAACUUGUACCUAUGGCUUUUAGAAGCUCCUUGUCUAGGUCCCAGCAACUACUAUCAACUUCAAGCAACUGGGUGGGGUAUACUCACUUCCCUCAGAGUCAGUGGUUGCCAGAUGAUCACAGACCACUUGACUGGCUUGUGUGACUGGGGCUUUAUUUACUUGAUCCUACAUUAUCACUGUGAUCAUCACACAUCCAAAUUGGUGGACGAGUUAAUGUCAACACUGACGCUUGCUUUCCUACAAAACCACACCUGUGCAUCUUUAAAGUUCUCCAGCUUCUACCUUUAAAAAGAUAAGUAGCUGUUUUAAUGGUUCCCUGGUCUAGUAAGUCUUUAACUAUAGUUUAAACUAGGCUAACCAGCUGCUGCUUGUAGUGUGUUAUUUUAUAGAGACACCUGAAAGUGGGCUCAGCCAUCAAAUCUGUACCUAAUGCUCUGUAAAAAAACAACAAAUAAUCAGUUAUUUCAUAUGUGUUUCAAUGAUAAACAAGCACUGACACGGACACAGUGUGAAGCUGAUAAAAAUGUUUACUGAAAAAAUCCUGUUACAGUAACAGUACAAUUAGUCAGAACAAUGUUUUUAUUAUCAGUUUGGCACAGCCAUCUAUGGAGUUAGUGACCAUGUAUCUACAGAUUUAGUAUAGCUUUUUAUGACUAUUUUUAUGCCUAUUCAACCAGAAUAUUAGACCAGUAUAUCAUAGUGGGCACUGUAUAUGCAUCCCAAAACCUUUUUAAACAUUUUUGCACAAAGUUAUUUUUAUAAUUUUGAAUUACAUCCAUACCUCAGAUAUAAUCUGAUCAUAAACAGUUUUUAACCAAAUAAAGAAAAAAGUCAUUUUUCACACUGUUGGGAAAACUGAGCCUAUAAUAUUUGUUCAUGCAAAAAUCAGACUGUAAACCUGCUGCCAUCAUUGCUUUCAUUGUUCUACACAAGAUUUUCUCAGUUGUGUCUAUCUUGUAACGUGUCUGUCAUUUGUCAGUCUCUGUAGAAAAGUCAGUUUUGUCUGUCUUGUAGAUCUUACCAAGUCUGUGCUCGAUGUGUGUGUCUUCAUGUAUUUAAUGAUUCUGUUUCACUCACAUGAAGACACAUCAGACUAAAAAGAAGUGAAGUUCAAAUAGGAAAAAUACUGACUGUUAAACUUAAAAAAAGUGAUGUGAUGUGUGUAAACGUGCGCGUGUUCCCAGCUUUCCUGUUCACUGUGACGAGUGGAAGAUGAGACUCAACUGGAUUUAACCCUUUAUGAUCACCUCAGUUUACCUUCAUCAUUCCUCUGCUGCUAUUAUGAAGUUCUCACUGUGUUUGCUGGUUGAAGAAAAAAAGAAUCACUUGGGGGCUGUUUAAAAAACCCUCUUUGUUGAUGUCUGGUGCAUUUUGUCGUUUUAUAUGUUUUAUUUUUUUUAUGAUGUUAGUUAGCGAGGCUUCAGGAACUGAAGCUCUUGUUCACACCAGGAGCCGACUCGCAUCAAACCGGCUCCUCAUAGCUGCUGAUAAGUUCACACGUGAAUUAAAACAUGUGUUAAUGGAGCUGUGAGAUUAUGUUUUAUUAGCAUGUGUGUCACCGAUGACAUGUAAAUGUAGAAUAACAACAGGUGCAAUAGAAAUGGAGCAUUUGAGUCAUCGGACCCUCCUCCUCCUGCUCAUUCCAGUAAGCAUGCAUCCUUCAGACACACAUCUUGGAUAUUCUGUACAAAAAGUUCAUUUGAACAAAAAAUAUUAUGUUUAUAAUUUUUUGUAUUAAAAGUCUUGCAUGUAAACACA